GCAAAUGCCCUAAUCACGGUCGUGGGGAGAAGAAGCAAGGAUUCUUCUCGGUGCUAAGGGAGGAGGUUGCAAGGGGGCUUUCUCCAUCACGGUCGAGGUUGCGAAUGCGACGACAGGAUUAUGGCGAGGGUCAGCGCGGUUGAGUGGUUGAGGGGCGGAAGCGGCAGAUGCUGCUGUUCCUUCAAGCGGAUCACCUUUGUGAUUUGCUGUGUUAAUCUGGUUGCCGCGCUCCUCGUGAUUCAUUCGUUCUACACUUCCUUCUUCUUCUGCCCUUCGUCUGGGCUCAACCGAAAUUAUCUCGCCGAUCAGACAAAGAAAAUGGAAGAAUCGAUCCGGAUACGAAGAGAAAUGGGGCCUUUGGCUCUCGUUAAUGCGGCGAGGAUGCUCAGAAUGAAGUUAUCCAAAGAAGAGAAAAAGGGGUGUAUUCAGUUGUCACAACUGGUGAUGCAUAAGUUGGCCAGCGAGAUUCUGCAGAUGCUGCAAGGUGUCGACAAUACUAACGUGACGGAACAAUAGGGUUGGU